AUGGCUUUUGCAGUGCCAACAACAUCAAACUCUUUAAAGGCUGUUGAAUGGAUGUGGCAAUCGAAUCCAAAUCCUUGGUCAAAAAGUGAACUGGCAACUUGGGGUCAUUAUUCUGAUGUUGAAAAUUUAAUUAUCGAAGAAGCAUUCUUCAAGAAACAACAACGAGCUAUCUUGGAUGGUUAUUAUAUUAAUUUCAACAAUAAUAUACAGGUGUCUGACAGCGAUAGUUAUAAGCAAAGACCUGUAAAAAGAGUGGUACGCAAUAGAGAAGACAAACAUUUAAGAGAAGCACGGUUUAUGAAUCUUCCUGUUGCUUCGGAUCGCUCAUUUGGUGGUCAAUAUGGUUGGGUAUCACCGUUCGUUAUAGAAGUUAGAAUAGACUUGGGUCUUCAGCCAGAUGAACUUCCAUCCAAACGACCAGAUCUUAUAUCUAUGCUUGUCGAGAAGGCGGCACAAGGUAUCAUUCAAGAAGGUAAACAUAUAGGAAAACAACAAGAAGCGGAAAAACUGGCUGAUUUACUUCGAGAAAAACAGAACAAAGGAAUGGAAGAAGUCUGGAAACGCUGUGCUUAUUUAUACUCAAUGGAAAGCUUCCUGUACAAAAGAUUAAAUGCAACUAUGAGAUUAGUUGGAAGCAAAGAAGAUGAACAGAUUUGGCGAAGUAAAGUUCGAACAUUAGGUCCAUUCUGUUUGUUGCUAUGGGAUGAUCCAUUCAAUGAAAGAGUGAAAAUGGAUAUCGAACUGUAUCGAGGAGCUAAUCUGACACCUGAGCAGAUCGCAAAAUAUGAAGAAAUGGACAGGAAACAUAUCGAAUAUGGGUCCCUUCAAGCAUUCACAUCAUGCAGUCGCAAUCGUCAAAAAGCGGAAAAAUUUGGUAAUGCACUGUUCAUCAUGCAAGUAAAGUUUGCUUUUAUUGCUGAUCUCAGUAAAUUAUCUGAAUAUCCUGGUGAAGAAGAAGAACUUAUUAUGCCAGGUGUUUCUUUUCGUGUCCUAUGUAUUCGAUUUGAUGACACGACAAAAAAACAUCUGAUUUAUUUGGAUAUAAAACAACGUUGGGAGAGCAAGGACAAGCAUGUCAUCCAAACAGAUUCCAACCGCACACUACUCACCGAUGCAUUUUAUGCUGAUAAACCUCGUGUUAGAACUGAUCGUGCUAGUGCUGAUCAUCGUAAACGUCUUAAUGAUCUUUUUCUUGGUAAUACUGAAGAUGAUCUUGCUCGUCAUUAUUUUAUUGAUCGUGAUUAUGCUGAUCGUCGUGAACAUUUUAAUAGUCUUUUUCUUCGUAUUACUAACGCUAAUCUUGCUCGUCAUUAUUUGUUUGAUCGUGAUUAUGCUGAUCGUAAUUAUGCUGAUCGUAAUUAUGCUGAUCGUGAUUAUGCUGAUCGUCGUCAACGUCUUAAUGAUCUUUUUUUUAGUAAUACUGAAGAUGAUCUUGGUCGCCGUUAUGUUUUUGAUCGUGAUGGGCAGUGGAUUGAAAAAGACUGA